UAUGAAGAAAAUUAAAGCACCCAUCAACCAUUACAACCGGUGUAAAAAAAGCAUUGAGCUCUUCAUUCAGAAGAUGAAGGACUAAAAGAUCGACCAGGUUUGAGGAGUAGCUUAAACUACUACUACUAGAAGACUUGUGAGUUGAACCCCUGACUUAUAUCUAUGGCCAUAUGCCAUGACAAUGCUGAGAUUGCUUUUAAUGACGAAUCAAUGUUGCAGGUACAUAUGCAGAUAACAAAGAUGAUGCAAAGCUCAAUUAUUGUUUUCCAAGCCGAAACAAGUAAAUUGUUGGAUUGCAUUAAUGGAAGAAAGUCGACGUGG